GAAAGAUUGCAAGUACAACAAAUACUAUAUAUCAUCAUUUUUAUUUUUAUUUUCAUGGCUAGUAUCCAAUGAUUUGAGAAAUCUUUAGCAAUUCUAAUCUGUUUAUGAACCACCCAAAUUCCUCUUACCUUAUCCAUUCCCCCCUUCUUCUUUCUCCAUACAAACACUCUUUUUUCCUCAUCCAAUUCUCAUCUCAUCACCUUCCACUUUCUCUUCCACUCAGGUUCAAUCCCUUCCCUUUUUUCCCUCAAAAUCCCUUUCCCCAUCUGGCUUUUCACUCAAUAUUGACUCUUCCUUCUCUUCCUCUUCUUUCAGGCAUCAUUCCAAUGGCUACUGCCUCCGCUACCCUCUCGACGGCCAUGUCCACCGCCGCCCCCAUCGCCGCCGGCUCAAGGCGGCAGAGGCAAACCAAUGUCCAUUAUAUUACUGGGCUUAACUCCUUUGGUGGCUUGAAAGCUCACAACAAUGUCGUCUCCUUAGGCCUUCCCGUUUGUGCUGAUCAAUCAUUUGCAAAAAUUGUGAGCUCUUUGAAAUACCCAUCAAAGGGAAAGGGGAAAAACGGCGGUGGAGCUCUUUCUUCCACUUGUAAUGCCGCCGGUGAGAUUUUCAGGAUUGCUGCCAUUAUCAAUGGGCUGGUUCUUAUUGGAGUGGCUGUGGGGUUUGUUCUUCUUCGGAUCGAAGCAUCUGUGGAGGAGGCAGAGUGAAAAGCUACCAAAAAUGGUUGAUGAUGAUGAGGAUAUUGGUCAGUUAUCUGAAAUUUGUAAGUUAAUCUGUUACUUUUACCAGUUAUUGUAGAACUCAAUUGUUUCCAUCAGUCAAAACAAUUGACAAAAUUCAUUUUGCCUAUUUCUAUCCCUGCUUUCUCAUUACAAAAUAAUGGCAUUGUAGUAUAUUGUUCAUCUGCUUGAAAAAAAAUGCAUAUUCUUGUAAA